GCGUUUAUAGGUGUGCUAGUGCAUGCAGCGUGUUCUGUGUACCUUCACAUAGCGAUGCGUUUGACGUUCCAUUCCAAGUCGUCGUCAUCGUCAUAGCUCUUCGCAGGUUCCCCCAAGUCCAAGUUAGUAUUCGUCGUGUUGCGUUUCCAAGUGGUUCGGUUCGUCGCGUCACUGUCGCGUCGUCUUGUUGGUGGACGAUUUCUUUUUAAACGCAAAAAAGGAGGUCUCAAGUGGUGGAUAAUAUUGCACUGGGCUACCUCUGCGGGAUUCGGGGAUAGUGCGGAUCGUUUAUGGUCAAACCAGCAAGGUCAUUACGGAUAGGUACCUGCGACUUGAGUUUGUCGUUGAAGAAAAGUGAACCUACUUAAUUUGCAAGGAAUGUGCACAUUUUGCUGAAUAUAAAAAAAAUAGCGAGGUGUUUCAAUGAGUCAUAAGUGAGGUGGUUUUGAUGUUGAUGUGAAACAAGCAGUGAUGACCUCAUAUUGAAUUCGCGAGCUGAUUGGUGUUUCUUUCAACGAAAAAGUUACAGGUUGUUUCAAGCGAAGAAAUUUUCUGCCGCUUAGAGAGAAGUUACGUGAUGCAUUCCGAAUGAAAAUCCAGCGAGAUGGUUGCAAAGUGAUAACGUCGUCGUUUGUCUACUAGUGCGGAUGACGGUAGUGUGGUGCAACUCGAAAGUGUUCCUAAAUCAAGGCUCCCCCGUCUCGUCCGUGGUUGUGUGUUGCCGAGAAGCCGAGUACACGAAAAGGGGGGAAGGCAGCAGAAGGCUCUUGACGUGAGACCGCGAAGAAGCGACUACACUAGCCAGCCAGAGCCGUGAGUCGAGAGUGCGCGCAUGUGUGAAUGUAUUAAUUGGAUUAUCGUUACAGUUUUUGUGCCACGCUCAGGCACCUUUACAACGGCUCUCAAAAAACGUGAUGGCAUAAAUUAGCAUUUUUUUUUUCGUUCGUGUUUCUACACCUCUGUUGUUGUUGUUCCUGUUUGGUGUCCACGCUAAGCUUCGCUCGUUUUCCACGGUUUUGACCGUGGUGUCGUCGUCGUCGUCGUCGCUGUGCGUAUUUGUUCGUUGCUGGUUGUGCAGCCAAACACACACACACACACAAACACUCAACAACGCCACCGCGAGCAGCCACUGCCGCUAGACUCUAGGAUAGAUAAUCUUGUUUCCUCACCAAAGCAACCGCCAGCGGUAACCAAGCGCGAGUAAUUAGCGCACAUUGCAGCACACCACCGCUCGGGAGGACCGCCCCCCUCCCCCCACGUCACGGGUCCAAAUGCCCCUCUGACUGACUGAACCGAUGCUGCUUUCCCCGCCGGUGCGGCAAUGUCAGUGAACGAAAAACGAAUGCUAGACCGCGAAACGCUUCGUUCCGUUAUCCAGCAAUGGAACACGGUUCGGCUGGAUAUCUUUGCUCUCUCGGAGCCCAACGAGAAUUUGGAAUUCCACGGGGUAAUGCGAUUCUACUUCCAAGAUGAAGGCCAGAAGGUAGCCACCAAAUGUAUUCGGGUGGCAUCCGAUGCCACCGUGUCCGAUGUGAUUGAAACGCUGAUCGAGAAAUUCCGCCCGGACAUGCGGAUGCUGUCGCUGCCGAACUAUGCCCUGUACGUGGUGCAUGCCAACGGUGAGGAGCGGAAGCUCAAUCCGGACGAGAAACCGCUGCUGGUUCAGCUCAACUGGCACAACGACGACCGGGAGGGGCGCUUUCUGCUGAAGAACUGCGCCCAGAAGACCAAUACACUCGACAGCAUCACCGAUCAGCCGAGCUUCAAGCGGAAGCUAUCGAAGCGCGAGAAGAAGGAGCAGAAGAAGAAGGAAAAGCUCUCGAAGAUGCAUUCCAGCGGGGGUGCCGAUUCGGAGAACCACGUUGCCGAGAAGCUAUACACAGAACUCCCGGAAACGUCCUUCACCCGUUCCAUCUCGAACCCGGAAGCCGUGAUGCGGCGGCGUCGGCAGCAAAAGCUCGAGAAGAAACUGCAGCAAUUUCGCUCCCGGGACGGUGGCCCCGACACCGGAGGGACGUUGAAAAUCUACGGCGAAAGCCUUUGCCGCGACGUCCCGUACAAAACGCUGCUCCUCUCGAUACGGGACUGCGCUCAGGCCGUGGUACGGGAAAUGCUGGCCAAGUACGGCAUGGACAAGGUGGACCCACUGCACUACUGUCUGGUUCAGGUCAACAGCGACGGUUCCGAGUACAUCUUGGAUGACGACGAGUGUCCGCUGUCGAUACUGAUGAACCAUCCGACGUCGAGAGGAUCCAUAAUGUUCCACGUUCGCCGACGACCUGCCGAUUCGCAGCCGAGGAGGCGGAAGAAAAAGCCCCUCGGCGUGUCGAAUGGCGGCGGGAAUCUGGGCGGCGAUCGGGAAGGUCCGCAGCUGAUCGAAAUCACCCACAGUGGCGACGGGGGUCGGCGGGUCAAACUGGGCUCGGAACCGAUCGAGGUCGGUUCGGCAAACACCAAUGCCCUCCAGCUGUUUGGCCCCUCGAUCCAGGCACGGCACUGUCUGAUUUCGCUGCACGACGGCGUGUGCACGGUGACGCCACUGCACGCCGACGGGACCACCUUCGUCAACGGGCAUCACAUCCAGCAACCGACGAUAUUACAUAACGGCUCGGUGGUGAUGUUCGGUCGAGUGGCGUCCUAUCGUUUCGUCGAUUCCCCAUCCGACGGGCGAUACAACCUAGCCCUGUCCCAGUCCCAACUGGAUUCGGCCUGCCUGUACGAAAGUCGAUCGCCGACUUCACCGACAUCGUGGAACGAGGAGGAAAGCCGCCCGAUCAGUCCGGUAAGUUCGGUCCAGCCAAAGCCAAGCUUUUUGGAUACCAUCGAUGGUGGUGGCGGCGGAGGUGGUGCCGGCGGUAGCAGCGUCAACAGCAACAGCAAACUACUGGACCAGGCUCAAAUCACUAAACCACCGUCGUUCGACAUCCAGCAUUCGGGAGGCUCGCAACCUCCCCUGCCGGGACCGCCACACAUUCAUCAGACCCAGAACCUACUAAUGACUAGCGUGGAUUCGACGGACGCGGCUUCCAUGACUGGUGGCGUCGGCGGAGGAGGAGGAGGAGGAGUAGCACUGAAUGAUGACGUUAAAAGCAACGCCACCUCCGGCCCCGGUGCCGCCGAGUUCAACGAGAACGACCUCGGCAACAUCGAAACGGAAACGAAAUCGAUAUCGAGCCUGAAAUCCAUCGGAUCAACCCAGGACAGGACCAGCACAUUCCCCAAGCUGCAACCGUCGCACACGGCAGCGUCUAUCUCGAGCGAACCGGGCGGCCAGGAGCCAAUCCUCCCGGCUGUGCUCGAAUUCCCCGAACAGCACCAGGAAGCGUUCCUGCAGGCCGUCAUCAGCGAACUCGAUGUCAAUUCACCUAAUUUUAAGCUAGCUCCAGUGUACACACUCUACCUGUGCGCGAGGUACCGCGCCUCCACCCACUACCGUCCCGACCUGCAGCCAACCGAGCGUGCCCACAAGUUAACAGUAUUCCUUCAUCACGUUGCCAACCUGAUCCAGAACGUCGUUCAGGAGCAGUACACCGAUGCCAAAAUCCUGUCCUUUUGGAUGGCCAACAGUUCGGAGUUUUUGCAUUUCCUCAAAUCGGACCGGCACAUUUCGGCUUUCAGCGUCCAGGCGCAGGAAGUGCUGGCCGAAAGCGUGCAAACCGCAUUCCGCAACCUGGUGUCAAUUUUUCACGUCGAACUAUCGCAAACGCUGAACCAGUUUCUGUCGGAAAACAUCGACCACGAUUCCGCCGCCGGGCUGGUCCUAUCGGUGUUGGGAUCGGCCAUGGCACUGCUGCGGCGGUGUCGUGUAAACGCUGCCCUAACGAUACAGCUGUUCUCGCAAUUGUUCCACUACAUCAACGUGGUCUGCUUCAACAAGUUUGUCACGACAUCACACAUGUGCACCAGUGCCUGGGGCAAAGCAUUGAGCGAACGUCUCUCCCUGCUGGAACUGUGGGCCGAGAAGCAGGGUUUGGAACUGGCAGCCGACUGCCAUUUGGCCAAAAUCAACCAAUGCGCCCAGUUUCUGCAGGCACCGAAAACGUCGAUCACCGAAGUGCAGCAAUUAGCGUGCUCCUGUUUCCGGUUGAAUUCGCUCCAGAUGGCGGCUUUGCUGUCGCAGGAAACCAUCCCGCGAAAUUUGAUCGAUACAGCCGUACGGAUGGCCGAAUCCGUUGCCGACGAGCUGAGUCGAGCGGAUGGGCGUGAAAUACGGUUAGAGGAGUCACCGGAACUGCCGCUGGCUCUGCUACUACCCGACGAUGGGUUCAGUUGUGACGUGGUUCGAGGCAUUCCCGCCGGGCUGGUUGACUUUCUCAGUCCCUUCCAGAUGGCAAACAUGUGCCGGUUGGCAUCGCAACCCACUAGCAUCGGACUGUGGACGGUGUAUAUGCAUCAGUUUAAUCAGGGUCGCUCGCCCAGUGUCAUGUCAAGCAAGCUUCCGCAGCCGGAGAUCCAAAUCAUCAAAUUGCACAAAAAUGCCAACGGAAUGGGCCUAUCGAUUGUGGCCGCCAAGGGAGCCGGCCAGGAGCGACUGGGAAUCUACAUCAAAUCGGUCGUCACGGGUGGAGCAGCGGAUCUCGACGGUCGAUUGCAAGCCGGCGAUCAGCUGCUCGAAGUGGAUGGGCAAAGUCUGAUCGGAAUCACCCAGGAAAGGGCAGCGGACCAUCUGGUCCGAACCGGGCCCGUCGUAACGCUAAAGGUCGCGAAACAAGGUGCCAUCUAUCAUGGUUUGGCUACACUGCUGCAGCAGCCAAGCCCCGUCAUUCAGCGCGGUGGCAGACGAAUGUCCGAACGAGACAUGACACGCAUAGGCACCAGCGAUCCCACUAAACCACCCAUACCUUCACCCUCCGGACAGCAACUUCCCAACAGCAAAUCGGUUCCGGCCCUGCACCACGUUGGCAAUAUUGGUUCUACGGCCAGCAAAUCCCGUAGCAUUCACAACCUGGCGGGAGGAGCAAGUCAAGACCAGGGAUUCUAUCAAAAUCUCAGUGUCUAUCGUGCGCAAAAUCAGAGUCACCCCAAUCUGGGAGAAAGACCCCCAAUGCCUCUACAGACAUCACUCAACUCCCCGGGCGCUUCUAUCAGCAGCGGCAGUAGUAGCCACCAACAGCAGCAGCAGCAGCAGCAACAAGCCCAGCAGCAACCAAUUUUAAGCCGUCCAGCAUCUGCCUAUUUUAAUAGCAAUAACAGUACCAAUCCGAACAAUUUACUACUGACGACACCAACCAGCUCGAUGUCGUACGGAAUGCUGCCUCCCCAACAGCAGCAACAGCCACCUCUAAGCGGUAACAUCUCCCAUCCGAAUCUGGUGACAGCCACUUCCGGUUCGAACACCAUGGGCCCAAGUCGGCUGCAAAAGAUGCCACCACAGCAGCCGAUGGUCGGAAACAACUUUGUCCGCGAUUCCCAAGGGCAGCAGAGUCUCCGAUUGAAUCAGAUGAUGGCCCCGUCGAUGCCAAACAUUGCACAUUCCUUCCAGCACCAGCAACAGCAACAGCCUGCACCGCACCAGCAUGCCGCGCAUCACCCCAGUGGCAUUUCCGCCAGCCAGAGCAUGCAGAACGUGAACAUGAUCGCCAGCGGUGGGGGAUUCAGCUACCAAAACGGUAGCCCCAUGAUGUCCCCUCAGCUCUACCCUAACGAGCAACAACAGCAUGCCUCGCUGCUUCGUGGCCAAGCGAAGCUAGCAGAGAUGAACGAGCUUAUCAAACGACGCAAUCAAGCUGCACCUCCACCUCAACAGCAGCAACACCAACAACAACAACAACAGCGUCCCCAGAACGUCGAUUCUUCAAUGAUGCCAUCCCCCUCCAUGCAGCAGCAGCAACAGCAGCAACAACAGUCGCAACAUCCCGGCUACAGCGGUGCUAGUCCUCAUCCCAGUACUCCAAUAAGCUCCCACAAGCAGCUCCCUCCGACGACGGCUCCCAAGCCGCAGAUCCGUCCCGGAAUGCCCUCCGACCAAGAUCAGCCACCGCUUCCACCAUCAGCUACGCAUCCCAUGUUCAAAACCGUCCCCGCAAGCAGCUCCACUAUCGGGACAUACAGCACGUCCGAACCAGCAAAAGUCGGCUUCUAUCCACCGGCAGUGCCAACGCAGAACAAGAACGUGAUCGUUCCGGGAAGCAACCCAUGGGAACGCGAGGAAAAGGAAAAGGAAACCGAACUUCGACGGGAGCACAUCCGUGGUUGGCGCGAUCAACAGAUUGCCGAACUACAAAUCUUGUCCCACAGGACUCCCCCGCAGGAUGAUCUGCUUCGCACGCUCAUGCUUGAACGCGACUUUGAACGUCGCGCAAUGGAAGAAGAUCAGGACUUUGAUAACGAUUCCACCCCGUACGGGAAGGAGCCCACCGGAGUUCACGAAGUCCUACGACUUGCCCAACCGCAAAACACCAUAUCUGCCCCCUUGACCAAGAUGAAGCAAGUCGACAUCAAAAUGCCAUCGGUCCAGAACUCGGAAGCCUCUUCAAACGACGACCUGUCCGCGAAUUCAGUCGCUAACACCAUCGCCAGUUUUCAACAGCAAGUCGCUUCCGCUAGCUCUGCUAUCCAACCGAAGAGUAUUCUCAAACACAACAGCAGCACUCCAUCCUCCCCAUCGAAGGGAGCCGCCAAGUCGGCCAGCUUUGCCCAUCACGACAAGCAGUUCAAUCUGACCGAAAUCACCAUGAGUAACACCAACGCCAAUCAGCUGAUGUCCCAGAUAGCAGUCGACAUGAACCAGCUCAACAUUGCCGAUCGCGUCGACGAAGAACUCAACGAUCACCAACAAUCCACCAUGAACGGAUACCUUCAAGACCCCACCGCCGCAACCACCACUCAGAACAACAACACCGGAAUUGCGCCACCACCCCCUCCACCGGAACGGAACAGUUCCUACAUGAUCAUGCAACAGCAGAAAAUACGCAGCAGUGCCACCAAGCUUACCUUCAAUAACAAUAUAAUCACGAACGCAGAUCAGCAUCCGCAGCAGCAGCAGCAACAAAACCUCCUCAACAACAACAACAACAAUACUUUGGGAAGAUACGGGAACAAUCUGCUCACGACCACCACCACUGCCGGUCCAGCAAACUCCACGAACAACAACCUCCCAUCGUCGUCCAGCAGCAACAGUCUUAACAACAACAACAACAACAACAUUAUCAAUCCGAACAACCCGGCAUUCGGAUCGGCUGCCUACCGGGAUAACCGACGGGUUUCGUUCCACGAUGAAGAUGCGGCUGUGGCUAAUGCAAUGAACAACAACGGGAACGUGGGAGGAUUCGGCAUAACCAACAAUGGGACCAUGGGUAGCAGCUAUACCGAGGCGGGACACCUGAUCGGAAGCAGCGGCGAGCAAGGCGAGCUGGGAUCGAUCAUGGAGCGACCGGAUCCGGAUCGCUUCAUCGACGAAACCAUGCCGGCAAUGCUGCACACCCCGACCACCCCGGAAGCAGAAAGUUGGAACAUGCAGAUUCAGAUAACCCCGGGCGUCAUCGGUGCCCAGGAAGUCUAUCGUGAUCCCCGCACGCGUCGAUUGGCGGAACAGCAGCAGCGACAGAAGGCCGAACCCGUACCGGAGAAGCUGUCGUUUAAGGAGAAGAUGAAGAUGUUCGCCCUGGAAUCGGGUGAGAACAACACCCCCAAGGACAAGCUGAAGAUUUCCCGUGCCCAGCGGGACAUCGAUGCCGUACAUUGAGCGUCAAUUCCAAAUUUCCACUCAGUUAUCCAUCCGCCCCCGGAAUCACACGUUUAUGCCUUUUUCAUGCCUUUCCCCACUCACACACACACACACAUACAUAAACUCACCGGCUCACGCACUGUGCACAGUGCGUAAUUGUUUCUCGUAUAUUAGGCUGGUACGAAACGAAUCGGUAUUAAGUGGGUAGUAUUCAUAUCUUAUACUGUAUAGGGAUAACAAAACAAAACACACACACAUACACAUAGGACGAAGCUGUUUUCGUUUGGAGAAUUAUUUUGUGGACAAGGAAACAGUUGGUUUUAACAUCUAUUUAUCUAUUUUCUACUAGUGAACGAGACAAGCGAAUGGUGGUUUGUGUAUAGAUUUAGAUAAAUUGACCGAUUUGGACAAGUUAGUAGUUUUUUUUGUUGUUACUUCUUUAGAGGUGUAUAAAGAUGAAGUUUAACUACUAUUAAAGGAAAAAAAAAAACAUUUUGCUAAGCUAUUCUUGUAAAACAAAUUCUACAUUAAUGUAAAAUGUAAAAAAAGAGGGACGAAUUGAAGUGAACCCUUUAUUAAGCUUACUAACAUAGCACAUUAUGAAACACUAUGGAAAUGAUAAAACUUCACUAGAGGAACCCAUUGGACCAAAAACAAAGGAAAAGAGAAAAAUAUUUUCAUUUUUUAUAAAAUACCUUUUACCGCAAGAAGAACAAUUUAGGACACGUGUUAGAUUAGAUGGAUGCGUACAUAUUUUAAACAACCAACAGAACCAGAGCGACUAUAGAGUAUUUAGAUCCAGUUUUGACCUUAGCGAAGUUUAGGCGCGAUGGAGGGGAGCGCAAGUAAACUGUGGUAAUGUGUGGAACAACAAACCAAGAAACCUUUUCUAUGAGCAGAUGUUGAGAAGCGAUUCGUAUCGAAGUCCUAUAUUUGCAUAGAGUGUUAGCUAUUUUUUAUACUAUUCAACAUAAGUGACCUAACAAAAACAAGAAAAAAUAAUACGGAUAUGAUGAUAACAGUUUCCCUCCCUUCCCUCAUUCGAAACAAGUGUUGUUUCCCACAAAAAGCGAGCGGGAAGACUCGGUCAAUUUUUGCCUCCAAACGUCAAACAACAACAAACUAUUACAACUUAUAUUAGAGAACGUAUAACUGGUAUCAAAGUGUCACCUUGUGAAGUACGAUUACGAUUUGAUAGAUGUGUACUUUUUUCUUAAUUAAAAUUCACUGUAAAAAAAAAAAUAGUAGAAGGCAUUCAACUUGUUACAAAACUUGUUCCCCAAUUCUGCAUUUUAUUACUGAUACAUCGUAGAUCUAUGUGCUAAAAAUGAUUGAAAAGAGGAAAGUAUUUAAGUGAGAUCGCUGGCGAGCGAGUACACAGCGCGUUUAGCGAAAAGGAAGUAAAAUACAUUAGGGAUUACAUAAUUCUAACUAGGACAUUUGUAUUAAAUGAGAUAACAACAGUGAAACAGAACUUAUAUUGGACAAGAAGCAACAACACAGGCAAGUUUAAGGAAAAAGCGAUUUUAUUUGUUAUAACAUUUUUUAAUAUAUUUUCGUAAAGUCCAAAACCUUUGAUAUAAAUAUGCAAAUUAUACAAAUAGAUUCCAGACUACUUGGUAGGCAAAUAGAUUAAUGAGCAGCAAUAGUGCGAUUUAGGUCUUCAUUUCAUCAUUCUUUGACUGCAGUACAGAAAUUACACGAAACAAAUAACUCAGACACCUGUCUCUUAUAAUAGUCAAAACAUUUAAGCACCACCCCACCCACUGAGCACUUGCACUCACACAAGACAAGAAGCAGCUUAAUGCGACAGCUAUUGAUUAUCGAUCAGAACAAAUUAAUAAACUACUACUAGAACAACAACAAAAACAACAACAGCAACACAUUUAUCUCAGAAAGUAGCGUUAUCGUAUUAUAAAAAAAAAAACUCAUAAUAGUAGAUUUUUAAACAGUAACGAUAAAUUACAUUACAAUAACUAACACACUUCACUUCAAUGAGACAAAUACAUCAAAACAUGUAAAUGUUGAAAAA